GGAGGAGAAGGAGUGGGGGAGAGGGGGGUGAGAGAGAGAGAAUCGGGGACGGCCUGGUUGGCUCCGGGGCCCGGGCUGCUGUGUGGGAGCGGGCUGGGCUGGGCUGGGCUGGGCUGGGCUGCGGGAGACAGCAGGACGUGGGCUCGCGAGGCGCCCGGCCUAGGGGAGGGGCUUCUUAAAGGGGCUAGAACCUCACAUGUGAAAUGGCUGCAAAAGUGUUCGAAAGCCUUGGGAAAUUUGGCCUGGGGUUGGCUGUUGCAGGUGGAGUAGUUAAUUCUGCUCUUUACAAUGUUGAUGCAGGCCACAGAGCCGUUAUCUUUGACCGAUUCCGUGGGGUCCAGGACACAGUGGUAGGAGAAGGUACCCACUUCCUCAUCCCCUGGGUACAGAAACCAAUCAUUUUUGAUUGCCGUUCUCGCCCUCGUAACAUACCUGUCAUCACUGGCAGCAAAGAUCUGCAGAAUGUGAACAUCACAUUGCGUAUUCUGUUUAGACCAGUGACUGCCCAGUUGCCCCGGAUUUUCACAAGUAUUGGAGAGGACUAUGAUGAGCGUGUUCUGCCCUCAAUCACAACUGAAAUCCUGAAGUCUGUUGUGGCUCGCUUUGAUGCUGGAGAAUUGAUCACUCAGAGAGAGCUGGUCUCCAGGCAAGUGAGUGAAGACCUCACAGAGAGAGCAGCAACUUUUGGCCUCAUUCUGGAUGAUGUAUCCUUGACACAUCUGACCUUUGGCAAGGAGUUCACUGAGGCGGUUGAAAUGAAGCAAGUGGCCCAGCAAGAAGCCGAGCGAGCCAGAUUUAUUGUGGAAAAGGCUGAGCAGCAGAAGAAAGCAGCUGUCAUCUCUGCUGAGGGAGACUCAAAAGCAGCUGAGCUGAUUGCCAAUUCACUGGCCACUGCAGGUGAUGGCUUGAUUGAACUACGGAAGCUGGAGGCAGCUGAAGACAUCGCUUACCAGCUCUCACGGUCCCGCAACAUCACCUACCUGCCUUCCGGACAGUCUGUGCUCCUCCAGCUGCCACAGUGAACCUGGCUUUGCAGCUGUAGGUAGCCUGAUCACCUUUAUCUACCAGAUCAGCCCUUUGCAAAAGAAUCUUUGUAAUUUCCUGGUUGCCUAAAAGCAGAGAAAAUUAAAAUACAAUUGAUUUUGAAUUCUUAAAUAAAACUGAAUGCUCUUCAGAACAAA